AUGAGCCUCAAGUUUGCAGCCAUCGCGCUCCUGGCGUGUCUCUUUGUCGCCGCGGCCUUCGCCCAGGGCCAGCAACGCCGUCCGGGUGGUGGUGGGGGCAGCGUAGGAGAUGAAGCCUACGGCGACCUGAGUGAGUUCCAGACGUUCAAGAAGGAGGACUUCAAGGGUAUCGAGGAGGCCGUCGAUAGCUUCCUGCACUUCGGGGAGGAGUCGCGCGAGGUGGACAGGAAGGGAGGCUACCACCACGACAAGGACAACGGCCUCAAGACCCUCGAGCUCGACUUCUCCUUCAACCUCUUCGCCCUCAUCAAGAAAUAA